GACGGUUGGCAGAAUUGGGAAGAUGGAAACAGUAAACAGCCGACAAAUGUAAACAAAUUUGCAGACGCCAGAGGGAGAGUGUGUACACAAACAAUAUUGGUGUCAGAAGUAUAUUUACAUCGAUUACUUUUUGACGAAAUGGUUCAAAUAGAUUGGAAAAGAAUAUCGGCUGUUGAACCGGUGGAAUUAACAGAGGAUGAAAAAGAGGACUGGUUUGAUGCUAUUACGGAGUGUGAAAUAUCUUCAAAUAUCUCACAUGAAAACUGUAUAAGUUUAUUGCGAGUAGCGCAAGAAAUUUUGAAAUUCAAAGGAGACCAGGUGGAAAUAUUGGUUGCGGAAUUGGAUACCUUAUCAUCGAAACUUAAAGAAAAAGAAAUUAACCAACAAAAAGUAAAUGAAGAUGUAAAGGGACGAAAACAGUUGAAUAGGAGUAAACUGCGCCCAGAAGCUGAUUCCUUAAAGGAAGAACUUAUAAAAACUGAAUUGGAAGUCGAGAAAUUGAAGACUGAGCUUAGAGAUCGAGAUAAAGAAUUGCUAGAAGCAAGGAAAGAUCUAGAGGAGUUGAAGAAAGAUGUCCACACAUUGGAAGAAGAAAAGGCUGAAUUACAGAGAGAACUCCUGUUUUCACAGAAUGAGCCAAGUGAUGAUGAGUUACAAAAGGAAUCGCUUGAAAUUUAUAUGGAGAAACAAAAAGAAAUGAGUGAACUUAUUAAACAGAAGAAUAAACACAUCUCUGAAUUGCUGGAGGAUUUUGAAGAAUUGGAUCAAGAAAACAAGCUCCUUAAGGAAAACCUCUGCAGUGUUCGAGAUAAGUUGACUGAAGCAACAGGGCAUUUGACAGCUUUGACUAAUGAGAUAUCUGGCUAUAGAGAGACAUGCAGUGAACAGGCAGAGAAACUUUCCAAGUUGGAGGAACAAAAUGCUGCUUUGCACAUGCAGAUUAAGGAUCUGGUGGAACAAAAGAUUCAGAGAGAUGCUCAGUUGGAUCAGCUGACAGACUCUCUUAAUUCAAAAGUACAAGAAUGGAAGAAAGUAAUUGAACUGAAAAAUAGUGAAAUAUCUGAGCUCAAAGAAAAAGUGGCGCACCUAGCUUCUCAUGCACCAAAUGCAGAGUUUGAUGCUGAAAGAAAUCCAGUAGCUUUUCUAACAAUGACAAUACAGGAACAGGAGAAGCAGAUCGAAAAUCUGCAGAAACAAUUAGUAGAAGCAACUAAAGAAAUUAAUGAGAGUGCAACAGUUAUAGAAGAGCUGAAGUCCCAGAAAGAAAAGGAAAAGAACAGUUUGCCAAAUGGUGAUGCUACUCAGCAACUGAAGUCUCAGCUUCAGUCAUCAGAGGAGAAAGUGCAGCUGUUGGAAGAAAGCCUGAGGAAUGCAGAAGAAGAUGCCAAACGAAAGGCGGAAGAGACAACGAAAUUGAUUUUGCAACUGCGCAACUUGGAAAGUGGUGAAUCUGGGUUGGCAGAGGCUUUGUCACAACUGAAUAAUGCUCAGAUUCAAAUCUCUAAUAAGGACCGGCGUAUUGAACAACUGGUCAGCCAGCUUAAUGAGGUUCAGACAGUUGUUGAUAACCUGGAAGACCAAAAUACUGUUUUGCGGCAGAAGCUUAAUAUGUCUGCUACAGAUACAGUUGACACUACUGCUGUAGUUGCAGCACGGAAUAGUGAACGUUUGACUGUGCAGCAGCUGCAAGUUCAGUUGGACACCCUUGAAGAACUGAAGAUUGAGCUUCAGGCUGAGAAUCAUCGACUUACACAGAAACUAUCAAAACUUUGCCGAAAGUUUGGUUUUGACACACAGUCACCUCUGCCGGAAGACACCGGAGCCUUGUCCUUAUCUUUACCAGAAAAGAGUGACCAGCAUUCCCCAAGGAAACGGAGAUUGAGUUACAAGAGCACCCAAGAUCACAAAGACAUGCUGUUGGAACAGAUUAAUGUUGCAACAUCACAGGAAGAAGCAAAUUUAAUGCAUGAGAAGUUGCAGGCUGUGACAGAAGAAAAUGAAGCAUUAAGAAAGGGAAUGCAUGAGAUUCUGGACAGUAUUCAAAAGCAAGACGGCAGCGGCAUAGUUCACUUAGAAGCUCCAGUUCUCGAGAGAUUGUUAUUUGCAUUAGAUGCUCGACAUGUGGCUGGUUGGUACCAUCCAGCUAUGAGGUUGCAAGCAGAACUUCAUAUUUCACAGGGGGUCAGUGCUGAACUGAGAGAUCAGCUUCAUAAAUUAAGGCGUGAGGACCAGAAAAAUUAUAAGGAACUUCAGAAAGCUUUGUUGAAGGUGGAUGAAUUACAUAACAAACUGGCAGCCCUUGAAACACCUGAAGAGACUGAUAACUUCAUUAUAUGUGAAACUGAACCUCGUAAAAUGCCACUUUCAAGUGCUGAAAUCAUAGCGAAGCUCAAUAUCCAGUUACUCAAGGUUUUAAAUGAGUAUGAAGUUCAAGAAAAGCAUUUGUCUCAAUUGUCCCACACUGUUGAGCAGUUGGAAGAAGGCUAUUGCAUGGCACGGCAUCAGUUAGGUCUGCUUUAUGGGCAGUGCCUAGCAAAUUCAAGGCAAGGUGCUCUAAAGAAAUGUGCUGAUGUUCCGUCUCCAACAGAUGUUAAAAAAAUGUGGAAUUCCGAAAGUGAUAUAAAAGUGCGGCAUGAGAUGAUGCAGUUGAAUCAUCAGCAGGAAGCCAUGCAUCAGCGUCUUUUAUUGCUCCAACAGACCCCAGUUGAUGCUAGUCCCCUUUCUUCAUUGGAGAUGGCAUCAGAAAUAAUCAAACAGCUUGCCGAGAAAUUAAAGAUUGUAAUUGGAGAAAAGCGUGAGCUAGGAACACAUACGUCAGGUAUAAAAACUGUUGGGAGAAAUCAAAAUGAAGAACUUCUAAGUGCCGCAGUGAAAAGUGAUUCAGCAAUUGCAAACAACAGCAUCCAGCUACUAGAAACUGAAUGUGAUUAUCUUCGAGGCAAACUGCUCCAUUGUGUAAGCCGUGACGAGUAUGAACAAUUACAGAAGAAAAAAGAGGAUGCUGAGUAUAAGAUAGUAACUUUAGAAAUGGAGAAACAAAAACUGCUGGAAGGAUUUGAAAUGGCAGAAUGUGAAAUAAAGAAGCAAAAAUUUACCGAGAAACUUGACAGAGAUUGUUUCAGUGCAUUGAAGCAACUAAUUUCAAAACUCCAAUCAGAUAGUGAUGAUAAGGCAGAAAUUGCAAAGCUGGGGCAAGAGCUUCUGGCAACACAACAAAAAGAAAAGUCAUAUGAAAAUAUAAUUCAGCAGCAGAAGAAUGAGAUAGUCAAAUUACAGUUAGUAAUUGUGGCAAAUCAAUCUCAGUUACAUGAGAAAGAAGAGAGUUUAUCCAAAGUAAGAGAUGAGCUUAACUCAAGGUGCAGGGUGUUAAACCAAAUAAUUGAGAAUCUGCACAGCUGUCUGUCAAAUUCAGAAACAGGCAAGAAUGAGGAACGGGUCUCAGAACCAGCUGUUCCUGUCUACAGUAUGCCAGUUCCUUUACCACGAAAACGGCUCCCUGAUAUGGAGAUUCUUCAGACAAGGAAUAAUGAACUGGAAAAGCAAUGCAAGGACCUGGAAAAUAAUUUAGUAACUGAAAGACAAGUCAUUAUGUCACUGGAAAAAGAGAAAGAAUGUUUAAAAAAUGAAUUAGUGGAUGCUCAGAAGGAAUGGAAGGCAACUGAGGAGACUUUGCAGCAACAACUAAAGGACCUGAAAGAAAGCUUAACAGAAGACCCAUCCAAUGCAGAAAAAGAGAAGACUGAAAUAGCAACACAGUUCCCAGAGACACCCACAGAAUAUCAAUCAGAAAUGGAUGUUUGUGCAAAAACAUUAGAAAGCAAGUCAGUGCAGACGAUAGAGGAAAAUAGAAUACUAAAUGCCCCUGAAAGAGGAGAUAGAGAAGAAAUUGAAGAACUGAAAGGAAAAAUGUUGAUUCUAGAAGAACAGAUCCAGAAUCAUAAUUGUGAAAGUGGUUACGAUAGUCAAAAGCAACAGGAAACAAUUGAAGCUCUUAAGAUUGUGAUUGGUCAGAAGGAUGAAACGAUUUGCCAUUAUCAGAAGCUGUUGCAAGAAAAUCGAGAAGAAUCUACUGAACUUGAGCAGAAACUGCGAAAAGAAAUAAAAGAUCUUCAGAGUGCAAUGGUUCUCCACAGCCAGAUACACAGUCGAUUGAAGCAAAAGGCACGUGCUCUCCUCAUUCAGGCAAGAAACAGCUCAAAUGAAAGUUAUAAUCACCAGUUACAGCAGCUUCAGUUGGAAAUUACUGAUCUGCGUAGUCAGCUUGCUGCUCUACAGUCAUUAAGUCCUCAGGUUGCAAGUGUUCCAGCAUUGGAAGAAGGACAGUUGAAAGAUGAAAAGAAGGAUACAAAGAAAGAAGAACUACUUUGUGCUGUUCAGAAAUUAAUUGAGCAGCUGGAGGGUGCUAAGAAAGAUCCUACUCUUAGUAAGUGCAUGAGUUUACUUCAUGCACAAGGUUCAAAACAGGAAAUAUUGACUAAGACAGUUUCAGAACUUGAGAGUGAUAUUAAGAUGUUAGCAGAGGCUCUAACUCAUGAUACAAUCUUGCAACCUGAAGAAGUAAAGAAACCUGCAACAGUUUAUUCUGCAGAAAGAAAAAGAGCAAACAGGAAGCUUCAGCAAGAAUUACAAUUGAAAGAAAUCCGAGAAGAAGAGCUCCAGAAAAAAAUUAGAUCACUUGAGAAGGAAUUGCAGGACAUCAGACAAGAACAACAGAAGGAACAAGCAGAAGUGGAAGAACGCAAGAUGAAGGCAGUGCGAUGGGAUGAAAGGAAAAAAUGGCAAAUUCAAUUAGAAAAAAUACGCAAGAAAUUACAAGAAAUGAAAGAAGCAAAUGAAAAACUGGAAAAAAGCAACACUGGCUUAAGAUUCACGGUUACUAGGCUGGAACGGGAGAAAAAUCUGCUUCUGAUUAAACUGUCCACAUUAAAGGAGGAAAAAGUGAAACUAGCUCUUUCAGCUAGGUAAUAAAUCAUGAGUAAUUCAAAACUGUCUGCAAAACACAAUUCAGCUUGCAUUCAGCAUGUUAGAGGGAAGAAACACAUGUAUGACAUGUCCUUGACAUUCUAGAGUUUCCUCUGUAUGAAGUACUGUAAUGAAGCCUGUUCUAUUUUUACAAAAUCUCCAUACUGUGCUUGCAGUAACAUAUGUGACUGCACAUUACACUUCGAAAACAGAUUUUUUAACUAUAUUGCACUCAUGCCUCUGAAAGCCCAGAGUUUAUAACAGCAAUGUAACAUUCAUCACUUAUUUUUGUGCAAUGGUGUACUGUCUCUUAUUCUCAGCAGAGCUAUUUAAUUUAGUAAUCUGACUACUGUUUUUUUAUGAUGUUUUCAUGUAUUAAUAGAGUGGUACUUGUCAGAGUGUUUAAUCUACUCAUUAUUCAGAUGGCUGUUUCACAGGUGCCUAUAUUUGCAACAGUGCAUAAACUUGUAAAAGAUUGUGAAUUGUCUGGUAAACCAUGUAAUUAUUUUGGGACUUGUGCAUUCGUGUCCUGUGUGCUGUUAACAUAUAUGUAUACUUGCAAACAAGA